CUUGGAAAAAUAUUUAUAACCUUCCAAAUUUGGAGGUUCUCAUACACGCCUUCCUGUGAAUAUAUAUAUUUUCCACAAUCGCCGGAAUCUUGUCGUUACAAAAGUCCGACGGAAAAAUCUUAAUCUCCGGCAACGAUGUCUUCGCCGGCCGUUUUGGUUGCCGUUAUUCUUGUCAGUGCUUCUUUAAUCUCCCCGUCACUAUCCCAAAUAUGUUCAUCACAGAAAUUCACCAACAACAAGGUUUAUGCUCGUUGUAGCGAUCUUCCGGUACUGAAAUCAUUCCUUCAUUGGACAUACGAUGCUGAUAAUUCCACUCUUUCUGUCGCAUUCGUUGCACCUCCUGACAAACCUGACGGAUGGAUUGCGUGGGCUAUUAAUCCUAAUGUUCCUGGUAUGGUUGGGGCGCAAACAUUGUUUGCAUUCAAAAAUUCCAAAGGAGAAAUGGUGGUGAAAACGUAUGAUAUUUCGAGUUAUUCUUCAAUUAAAGAGUCGUCUAAAUUGUGGUUCGAUGUUAAAGAGACUGCGGCUGAAUUCUCCGGCGGAUUGAUGCGGUUGUUUGCGACGCUUGUGCUACCGGAAAAGGGGAAAACGACAUUGAAUCAUGUAUGGCAGGUGGGACCCUCUGUUACCGGUGGGUUUCCUGCAAAACAUGGUUUUCAGCCAGCUAAUCUGAACUCGAAAGGAACGUUUGAUUUGUUGAGUGGAGAAAGCAAAACCAGCGCUUCUGGCGAUUCUAGGGUCAGUAGAAAAAAUAUCCAUGGAAUCCUUAAUGCUAUUAGUUGGGGAUUUCUGUUUCCAGUCGGGAUCAUCAUUGCGAGGUACAUGAGAACAUUCCAGUCUGCUGAUCCAGCAUGGUUUUAUCUUCAUAUUUCCUGCCAAUGUUCUGCUUAUGUUAUUGGAGUUGCUGGAUGGGCAACUGGUCUUAAGCUUGGAAGUGAAUCAAAGGGUAUCACCUAUGAUGUCCAUCGCAAUAUUGGGAUUGCACUUUUCUGUCUUGCAACAUUGCAGGUUUUUGCCUUGUUGUUGAGGCCGAAGAAGGAUCAUAAGUACAGAUUUUACUGGAAUAUCUACCAUCAUGGAGUUGGCUAUACUAUGCUUAUCCUCAGCUUGGUUAAUGUAUUCAAAGGUCUCGACAUAUUAGAUCCAAUGACAAAGUGGAGGUCUGCAUAUAUUGGCAUACUAGUUGUGUUAGGAGUAAUCGCCCUAUUAUUGGAAGUGGUUACCUGGAUUGUUGUGUUAAAGAGGAAAUCUAACAAAUCAACCAAACCAUAUGACGGUUGAUUUUCUCGAUGGGGACGGGGAAGCUACAAACUUUGAACUUCAUGAACAGUUGCUAUUGUUAUCACUGUCUAAAUCAGUCUCACUCUAUAUAUAUACUAGAAUUUGCUCGAAGCGAUUCUUUUAUUAUUAUCCCUAGCUCUUCUGUUUUCCUCAUUGUAGAAUGGCUUCGAAAGAUAACAUGUU